AUGAGGCGGCUUGGCGAGGUGGACCCGGACAGUGGUCAUCCGACCCCUCGAGAAGAUGAAGAUUUCUUGGUGACAGCUCUUCUUGCCAUUGCGGCUCGUCAACUAGCGGUCAAGAAGGGAUUCGAUCCGCAGUACGUGCGUAUGGUGACAGCGCUUCUUGCCACUGCGACUCGCCCACGCCUGGCCAGAAAGGAAUUCGAUCCACAGAACGUCAUUAUGAUGGCAACUCUUCUUGCCAUUGCGACUCGUCUACUCCUGGCCAGCACGGGAUUCGAUCCGCAGUUUCUGUGCAUGGUGACAGUGCUUCCUGCCAUUGCGACUCACCCAUCCGCUUUUGCAAGUGUGAAGCAGCUGAUAGAGACCACAGAAAAGAAUCGCAAGUUGACGAAGGAAAAUGAAAAAAUUCUCAAUCAGAGUCACCUCUGGCAUGAGGAGAAGUCGAUUCUUGAAAAGCAGGUCAAGGAGAGAAACGCUCUUGUGGAAACCUUACAGAAUGAAUUAAAGGAGAAGCGCACGAAAAUUGAGCUGCUUGAAUUACGAAUUACUGAUCUCUUGAAAACUGUAACGGAACAUCCUUCAGAAGAGGUCUUUGAGGCAUCCGAAGAGCUCGUGUCGGAGAAACAGGAUGCAUGCGUUCAAUGUGAGAAGAAUGCUGAUGAGGAAGAGAAACUCAAAAACGUACAGACGGAACUCCGGAAAUCACAGGAGCAUAAUCGCUUCCUUGAUGCAGAGAACCAAGAACUGCGAUUCAAGCUGGAAAAUCUUCAUAAGGUUUCGGACGAAGUUGUUACUUUAAAAGAAAAACUCGAAGAAUGCAAUCAUCGAGUCGCUUUUCUUGAGGAUGAAAAUUUGGGACUGCACAAGGAAGGGGAAGAAUUGAUGAAGAAGGUCGCGGUCAAGUCUGAUGAAAUUGUCGGGUUGAUAGAUAAGUGUGAACGUUUGGACAGUGAAAUUGAGAAUCUUCGAAGUGAAAAUGCGAAGUCUGCCGAACUUCGUGCGCAGAAAGAGGCACUUGAACGGCAGAUAGCGCAGUAUGAGCAGAAUUCAGACGACCUGAGAACGCAAGAGUCAAAGCUGAAGUGUCACAUUUCCUCUUGCGAACGCGAAAUAGAAGAACUCAAGUCUAAUGAUGCAAGAAUGAAGUCCGUUGUCGAUGAGAAGAUGAACGAGGCGGAGAAAUUACGUGAGGAAUGCAUGAAACUUCGGGAAGUGAGCAGUAAGCUAACAGAGGAGAAUGUUUUUUCUUCCGUCUUGAGUGAGGAGUUGAAGAUGCGUCUUGCUCGUGCUAACGCGGAAUUGGAAGAAUUGCGCCUGUCCUUAUCGAAUGAAAAACAAGCUCGACAAACAGCUGAAGAUAGUUUGCGGCGUUGUUCUGAUUUAGAGCUGAAGUUGCGAGAACGAUCAGUACAAGUGGACGAUCUUGUAACAGCCAAUGAAAAGAUGUCACAGGAGUUGGGAUAUCUUCGACAGGCAGCUGCCACUAGCAGUACCAAAGAAGAGACGCAACAGCUUUCAACAGCUCUCCAGGAAUGUCGCGAAAAUCUUGAACGUGCGCUUGCUGAGAAGAAGGCUCUGAUGGAGAAAGAGGUCGCUAAUGCUGAGCAACUAGCAAAGUUGGAGUCUCUGCGCCAUGAACUCAAGUGUCGCGAUGAAAUCGUGGCUGACUUGCGAUCCGUGGAGUCCAAGUGGAGAAAUCUGCUGAAAUUUACGGAUUUGGGACAUCGGUUGGACAAACUUAAUGAUGAAUGUGAUCGAGUGCGGGAGGAGUUUCAUCUUUUUCAGGAGCUAGCGGAGCAACAGUAUUGUGGAAUGGUAGAGGAAAAACGGAGACAAAUUGAUGCACUUUCAUAUCGCCUAGCUCAGUUGGAGUCUUAUCCAGGAAAUUCGCCGCCGCUCCCUGAGAAAUGCAACGUAGGAACGCAAACUUCCAGUGAUAUUUCUGAAGAGGAUGAAAGUGUACUUCCAAUAUGUCGUCUGAUUGCUUCCGUUGAAAAUUUCCGAGAUUGCGACUCUUAUCCUUCCUCCUCACACAUGCAGGAUCAACUGAAGCGACUGCUCACUUGUGCCAAGCACGAGCAAAGAAGCACCGUAAUCGAUACAGCGGUGGUGCGUUUCUUGAAGGAAUGCCAACAACACUUUUCUGAUGCUGCAGAACAUGCCAGACAAGAAUUGAGAGCAAUUUGUGAUGAUAAAGAGUUUCUUGAAAAGAAGAUGAGCUCGGAGAAGCUGAAAUGGAACCUUGAACGUGAGGAUCUGCAGGUACAGCUAGAUCGUUUCCGUCGUCAAGCUGAUCAGAUCACGUCAGUGAAGAGGGAGAGAAUGAGCAUCAUGUCCGAGUUGAAUGCGGCGAAGAUCCAAAUCGAGCAGUACAGAAUUAAACUUCGAAAGAUGUCAGAGGAAAUGGAAACAGUAUCAACUGAAAGGGAUAACGCCGCACAUCUCAUGGAGUCUCAAGAAGAGAUCAAGAAGGCUAAUACCGUAAUCGAUGAACUUGAACGAAAGCUGCAGGAUGCUAAUGCCAAUUUGGAGAAAGAAAAGCGCGAGGUCAUUUCCCUGAAGGACGAGAACGACAAGUCUUUGAUCGCCAUCCAAUAUUUGAGAAGUCAAGUGACAGAUCUGGAGCAAAAAGUGGCUGAACUAGAGAGACGAUGCGAAAGGCUUGCGAAAACCGAAAGGUAUAAUCAGAAGACCAUACAGAUUGUAUGCGAAAGUUUCUGGGAAAGAGAGGAAUUCGUUCAGCGGCUGAGGCAUAGGAGUUAUGAAAGGAAGAGGCUCAUAGAGCACUUUGUGGACAAAGUCGGUGAAAUCAUUUCGUCUUUCAAAGGAGAUAAUGUCCCUGUGGAUUCUAUGCAAGCUACGCUCAAGUCUUGGACGGCAGCUGAUGUUCAAGAUGACUUGGACCAUGAAUCUAAGGCAAGAGCAUUGAGGGCUAAAGUACAGAAGUUUGGUUCGGAGGAUCAACUGAAUCUUGCUCAAAGGCGAAUGCUGAGCCGUUUUACAGGAAAGUCUUGA